AUGGCGGAUGACAAGGAUCCUCUGAAACAGUUGAGGGAUCUAACGCAGCUGAAGAAUCAGUUGGAGGAGAUCCAGAGGCGCGUGGAGAGCGAGGUGUCCGCGGGAAUCCCUCAGGGAGGCUCUGUGUUAGGAUCCCCGUUUCUGAAGGGCUUUCUGGCCGGCUAUGUGGUGGCCAAGCUCCGCUCCUCUGCCAUCCUGGGGGUGCUGCUGGGAACGGCCACAGGCAUUUACGCAGCGCAGAACUACGAGGUGCCCAACAUUGAGAGGACAGUUAAAGAGUGCAUAAACAGUCUGAAAAAAGGACCAAAGAUGAUUGUGAUUCAGAAUGUGGGGCCCAGUUCCCCAGCUGGACUUAAGAGGCGGUGGGAGAAGAGGAUCGGGUGGGGUGUCCUUUUGGGGCUGAUGGUCCUCAUUUACGGCUCUCAUGCUCCGCUCAUCACCAUCACCAAGGUGGACGGUCAGGUCCCCUUCAGCGCCUCCUCCUGUGUCGUCCUGAUUGAGCUGGCUAAGCUCCUCAUCUCUCUGCUGAGCCUGCUGCUCACCAGAGGCCCGCCGGGCCUGCAGGCCCCUCCUCGCCUCCUCCUUGUGGCUCCCUACGCGGUCCCCGCCUUAUUCUACGCCUUCAACAACAACCUGGUUGUCCUCAUGCAGGCCUACAUGGACCCCAGCUCCUACCAAGUACUCUCUAAUCUCAAAAUAGCCUCCACAGCCCUGCUGUACUCGCUGUGCUUGGGGAAGAGGCUCGGGGCUGUCCGGUGGUUAGCGCUUGGCCUGCUGGUGGCUGCGGGGGUGUGCCACAGCUACAGCAGCCUGGACCUGCAGGACUCCCAAAGAGCCGUCUCCGGGGAAGGUCCCGGGCUUUAUGUCACAGCUUGGGGGCUUUUUCUUAUGCUGGUGUACUGCUGCGUGUCGGGGCUGGCAGCCGUUUACACAGAGAGGGUGCUGAAGAGCCAGACGCUGCCCCUGAGUGCGCAGAAUCUCUACCUCUACGUGUUUGGCGUGGCCAUCAACGGCCUGUCCUAUUUCUCCUCUGUUACAAGCGACAAGAGCUUUUUGGAAGGCUACUCGGGGGCUGUUUGGGUGAUAAUUGCGGGGCAGGCAGUUAAUGGGCUCCUGAUGUCCGUGGUUCUCAAGCAUGGCAGCAGCAUCACCAGGCUGUUUGUUAUUUCCUCCUCCAUGCUGGUUAAUGCUCUGUUGUCCUGGCUCUUUUUAGAUCUGCAGCUCACUCCUUUUUUCCCAGUUCCUGUUUGCAUGAUUGGACUGGCUGCUUACCUGUAUUACAAAUAG